AUGGCGCGUAAAGGCCCUGGUACAGAUGGCCCUCUACAGACAGCCCUACUGGAAUCAACAUCUACAGCUACAAUAAGAGCUUCUGAAGGACAGAAGAUCUUCAGCCCUAUAGCUGUAUUCCUUGAUAAACACCGCAGCCAAACCACCGGCCUUGCCCCUCACCUACUGAGAGCCCUCACCGCUCUAAGUGAUGACCUCGCCCAAGUAGCCCAACAACAUUUCAACGCCUAUAUCAGCGCCCCUGUUAAAAAGCCUAUGCCUCUGGCCAAACAACCCCUCCCCGACAACCGGCUCUUCAUACACCUCCCAGCUAACCAUGUAGCUAGAAAAAUGGAAGCCUACACUAUCUAUUUUAGCCUACGGUCUCAACUAAACUCAAACAGUGCAGCACUAAAAGAAGUUCAAGCUAUAAAGACUGGCUUUGCACUAUGCCCCUCAUCUCCAGAAGCCCUCCUAGCCCUUAAGACCUAA